AUGGUUGAAUCAAUUAAUACUACUUCUUCACCAAGCUGUAUUAAGUUGAUUGGGAAAAAUAACCGUAUUUUCGAUUUUUCGCGUUUUCCAAGACGACGAAUUGCUCUCAUGUUUCUUUAUUUUGGUUGGGAAUACAACGGAUUGGUUGAGCAACGAGAAAUCACUGGGACUGUUGAGGAAAAAAUGAAAGAAGCGUUAAUAAAAACAAAACUUAUUGAAAGUUGGGAAAGUUGUGGUUGGAGUCGAUGUGGUAGAACUGAUAAAGGUGUAUCUGCUUUCAAACAGGUUGCCUCUCUUAUUGUGAGAUCUACUGACGUAGACGGAGAAGGUGUUUCUUGGUCUGUCACUGCCAGUGAGUCCAGUAGAAUUAAAACAACGGAAGAACUUAAUUUUGUGAAAAUGUUAAAUGGCACAUUACCAGCAAAUAUUCGAGUGAUAGCUUGGGCUCCAGUGGCGAAUGACUUUAAUGCUAGGCAUCAGUGUAUUCAACGUACUUACACUUAUGCAUUUCCAAAAGCAAACUUCGAUUAUGAGAGUAUGCAGAAAGCAUGUACGUUUCUCAUUGGUGAACAUGACUUCCGUAAUUUUUGUCGAAUUGAUAUGAGUAAAGAAAGAAUAAGGAUGAGUUACGUUCGCACAAUCGAUUACGCUAAUGUUUCAGUUAUAUCAAAUGGGCUACUUUCGACUUCUAAACAAAAUAUUGAUCCGAUUGAUGGCGAAUUGUUGCAACUUACAAUAAAAGCAAGUGGAUUUUUGUGGCAUCAAAUUCGGUGUAUAAUGGCUCUACUUUAUGAAAUAGGUUGCGGUAAUGAACAACCAGAAAUUAUUGCUGAACUUUUGGAUAUCAACUUAACCCCUUCAAAACCAGUCUAUGGAUUAGCUCCACCUUUUCCACUUUGUUUAUUUGACAGCGUAUAUGGUGGGGUUGAACCGUUGUGGAAAUAUGAUGUCGAUUCGUUGAAAUCUAUCAAGAAACAUAUUCUAAAAACUUGGGCUUAUUACCAAUCGCUAUCAUUGAUCCUGCAUAAUAUGGCUAAUGGCAUUGAUGUGUUUGCGCCAGAAUUGCAAAACGAUUUUAGUGGUCUGAAUGAAUAUUUGAAGCCAGUUGGAACAUCUACCAAAACUUACAUACCUAUCAGAAAACGACCAAGAUGUGACACAUUAGAGUUGAAACAGACAAGAUUAUUACAGAAAUACUUAAAAUAA